GGGCGUAACAUUUGUACUCGUUUCACAGAUGCAAUAAAUUGAUGCGCGAUGAGAAAUAUUGUGCGGCCGACCGCGGUUGAAGGCAAGUUCAGGUCUGAAUUGAUCCUACCGUCGUUGAUUUCAUUUAUCAGCGAUGAAUUUCCCUACGUUUGCAAUUGUUCCAGCGGGUGGUUGUGGACAGAGGGCAGGUGUAGAUAUUCCUAAGCAGUAUUGCGACGUGUUAGGCCGACCUCUAAUUGUUUACACUCUUGAAGUUUUCCAAAGACUCGUUUGGGUUGAGAAAAUCUUUGUCGCCAUCUCACCAGAUUGGGAAGCCCAUGCGAGGGAACUAGUCCUGUCUUAUCAUCUCAGCAAAGUUGAGCUCAUAAAUGGUGGAUCCAGCCGCCACCACUCCAUCCAGAACUGUGUUCAGCAUCUGCAGAAUCACCUACUGAAGAGAAGAGAAGGGGCGGAGCUCGGAAAGCAAAAUGGCAAAGUGUUAGCUGAGGAAGAACCAAUUGUCAUUAUCCAGGAUGCCGUCAGGCCAUUUGCAGAUGAGAACAUCUUGAGGAAGGUGACUUUAGCUGCUAAGGAGCACAGGGCUUCAGGAUCUGUUCUCCCAUUAGUCUCAACCAUACUUGAGAGUGAUUCCCAAGAUGUUCUUGUCCAAUCACUGGUCAGGUCAAAGUUGAGAGAGAGCCACACCCCUCAGGCAUUCUGGUGGUCAACUCUCCGUGAGGCCUAUCAAAAGAUAACAGAUUAUGACCUAAUCCAUGGAACAGAGGUCUUGGAUCUGGCCUUAAAGUAUACUGGCUGUAGGGCUAAAUUAGUUGAGGCGCCUGACUAUGUUUGGAAGGUCACCUACAAGAAAGACUUCCUAGCAGCUGAGACUCUUGCCAAAGUUCAUAAUUCAGAAGUUUAUCUCUUGUCCAGUGAUCCAGUAACAAACAAGGUUUUGAUGACUCUUCAGAGCUGUUUAGUAUCACGCAAUUUGAAGGUCUCAGUUGUACCGACAUUGCCGGAUUCUGUGAAAUCCUUCCAUACUUCCAUUUUUCUCCACCUUGUAAAACCUGCAGAAGAGGAGGCAACCACGAAAUGUGAAGAGACAUUAAAUGCCUUACAUUUAGUCUCCAGGCCAGGCCACAGUGGCCUCCUAGCCUGCAUGUGCCACCUACACGAUGGUAGCGACAGGACAUUGGGAUUCUAUAGACGGCUCGCGAGGAGUCUAGAUACCCAGGGAAAAGCCAAGAAAGUCCAAGCAUUCCUUGUUGUCUACACAACUCCCAAAGAUGAGGAACAGCAAACAAUAUCCAAAGUCUGUGAGAUGUUAGCUGGCUUGAUAUUGGACAGGAAUCCCCAGAUGAGCGGCCAACUCUUUGUCAUCUCUGACCAGGAUUAGAGCAUCCAUGUCACCCCUGUCAGUUGUCACCAAAUUCCAGCAACUGUCAGACUGCUGAACAUUUGAUCACCUUUAAUCUUAGCCAGAUGAGAUUCACACAGCAUGUUUGCCAGGUCAGAUCACAUUAUAGUGACAUGCACUCUUGAUUCCUGUGAGAGUGCAUACAUGUAGUUUUGGUACUGGCAUGGUAAACAUUUCAUCCAGUCCAUUGGGAGUGUACCCAUUUACAAAAAGGCUUUGUGCUGCACGUUGACCCUGUGUUAGAGGAUGGGUUCAUCCUAACACCUGUGCCUUUUAUUAACAGAAACCAGUGAUGUAGUGUCGCAAUGCUGAGCUUUGGCCUUCAGGGCCUUGGCUUUAUCCUUAAAGGGUAGCUGCAAUCAAUAUGUUUUGAUGCAAACCUUCAAAAGCACCUUUGUGUCUCAGUUAACCUUAUUUUCAACAUUUGUUUCACUAUUUCGAGGGUUAAUUUUUUUGCCCUUUUGGCUUUUAUGCUAAUUAGUAUUGCUAUAUUCAUGAGAAAAACUGUGAUGUCAUCUCUGGAGGAAAGCGUCAGUGUUGGGUUGGUUUGUACGCAAAAAAGUCCUUCAAUUUUCUAGAUUUUGUUGGGCUGAAUUUUCUCCUCUUUUCUGAUUCACCGAUGUUUAUGUGCAUACGAUAAGCAAGUAUCAAAACUUUCCUCUGAAGUAUUUCAGUCAGUAAAUUCUGGGUUCACAGUUUGAACAGAAAAACCUAUGCACUGAACAAUGUCUUCCCUAGAUGACAUCACAGCAACAAGAGCCCUUAGUUGUCCAGGAAAGCAUGGCUCAUUUUAAGUGUAUAGUCCUAACAGUCCCAAAUCCUCCAAUUUUCAAAAUGAUUUUACAUACACCCUGGGGGUGGGGUUAGGGUUGAAAAAAAGCACUUUUCAAUGAAUUUAAAGAAAUAAGAAAGUAAAAGAGUUUUUAUACAUUGCAGAAUACACAGUUGCAAAAACAUGUGUUAGAAAAAUUCAUUGCAGCUGCACUUUAAGGCCUAAGGGAAAAGCCUUGGCCUUGCGGGGCCAAUGCUUUGUCAUUUUGGAGCCUUGCUAGGCCCACUGAUUUUCUUUUCCAACUUUCCAGGUAAAUUUGUUUGAAGUUUUGCACUUCUGCAAACGGUAACUUUGGGUCACAUGUGAAUUGUUUUUUAAGCCUUCAGUAUCUUAUUUAAACAUGUUUUGCCCUGUGACGGAAAAGCAUCAUAGAUUUGUACACAUUCACUAUUACUGCAUUAUAUUUGUUACCAUGCUACUUCCCCAAAACAAACUACGGUAAUUUCCGGAAUAAAAGCCGUGCGGAUUAGAAGCGGCAGCACAUAAAAAUCGGCAAAUUAAGAUUUAAAGUUGGUGUAUAAGCCGCACCAUGGUGCUGAAUGAUCCAACCAUGGAGAUCAUCAUGCUGUGCGCUGAAGCACCAGUUAUGGUUCCAUUACACAUGCAAUCUUCAUUAGCAGAGUGCCAAGGAGGGCCACUACAUGUAUCAAAAAGGAAUUUAAGUCCUUGAAAAUUACCAAUUUUUACGGGCUGGAUGAUUAUCCUGGUUGCAUGGGCCAGGCAAUUUAUGCAGACGGGGCUUGGGAUGUGCAGUAAACACUGAUAAAUCUUGAUAACUUGAAGUAGGUUAGGCCUAAGUUGAAAGUCGGACGACUUAUUCCUGCCUAAAGAAUAGGUUUUUAUGUACAAAAUGCCUCCGUAACUCGAAAUGUCCACACCACUAUAGCCGCGUAUGUUGAAAUUUGGUAACGACAAUCAAAAAACACCACAAAAUCGCUUCAAAAAUAGUAGGCGAAGGACUACUGCGAGACCUAAUAAAUAGUUCAAGUCAUCAUUGUCAUGCCCGAAUCACACAAGUGUUCACACAGAACUGCUUGUGUCGUAUGCACUGCACUGCGACCAUGACCAAUCCCACUUUCAGCUAGCCUGACUGCUACCGCAGACCCAUUUGCAGACAGUCCAAUCACUGACUCUUUCUGAUUACUACAAGGUUGCUGUAUAAGCCAGCCAGCGUGUAAGUCACAGAGAUAUUUUUCAGCGUGAGAAUCAAUGUAUGAGCUGCCUCUUAUAAUCCGAAAAUUACAGGAAUCAUUUUCUGUACAUACAACCAUGUACUUUAUUACUUGUGGCCCUAAUAUGCCUAAGGCCAGGAAGAUACAGUUAUAUAGGAUAGAUAUGUAGAAAAUUGUCUUAUCUGUGCUAAGGACUGAUGAUCAUGCUCUGAAUUCUCUACUGGUUACUUUCCACAUGGUCUGAUCUUGAGCGCAUGUCAUACAUAGUUCACUUUAUAUGUCAUCUGUAACUGGAUUUCAAUCAAUGUAAUAAACAACUGUUUUCAAACAGCCUGUGCUCCCUAAAAAAGAUGCAGAGAGGUUUCUAGCAGGGCAGGCCAUCCUGCCAAAAUUUGAUGACACCCUGCUAAAAUGUUGCCACCUGCCAAAAUUUUCACCACCUUGCUGUGUUUUUUUCCAUUGGAUUUUCCCAAUUCUCUAUUGUCUUCACAGUUAUUUAAGUAUGGAGAAGUUGCUUACACUCUGUGGAACAAACAUGAUGAGUUUACCAACAUCAGUAAACAGCAGCAUUGCAAUGGUGUUUAUGAUCAAACUCAGAUCUUGACACAUUGUACGCAACAUUAAGCAUUCGCAUCUGUACAUGUAAUACGUACACAAGAAAGCCUUUGCUUUGACCCUGGCAGAAACCCUUUGACUGGCAUCAUUUCAACCAAUAAAGCAUUUAUUUAUAACAAUCAAAAGCAACUUCCAAACAGAAUGCCAUUCCUACCGUAUGGACAGUGUAUUAUUCUUUAUGUGCUAGUUUCCUUUUACUAAUACAUCAAAGAGAGGGUUUCUCAAAAUUGCAUUUGUAAUAAUGAAAUUCACAGAGGAAGAAGCAGACUCCAUUAAUCAUGCUAAUCCACUAUUUUUUUCAGAGAUGGAUUCAAGUCAAUCACGAGUCCUUUCAGAAGCCCCUUAACAAGUCCACUAAUAAGUAACAGGGUGAACAAUGACAAAAGAAUGCUUUUGUCAGAGUUAAUUUGAAUAGCUUGUAAAUUAGCUUAAGAUUGAAUGACUUUUGAUAGACUUGUGAUGGACUUACAGGGACUUGCAGGGACUUGUGAUGGACUCUAGUACAACACUGAUUUGUUUUGUGCACACACAAAGUCUGAGAAGUCUGCAGAGGCAGACUGUGUUGAACUUAACUUUGCCACUGUGCAUAAGUGUUUUCAUUUUGGGCAAUUUAAUUCAUAGGGGAAGGGGCAGGCUAGCAUUUUUCCAAAGGAAUUUCCGGUUUUAUACUUUUUAGUCCAUAGUGUCAAAAGGUGCCAAUUUUAUGCUGUGAUUCCCCCCCCCAGUCUAGGAUUCAGUAGUUAAAUUUCAGAAUUUACUUUCCUUGUAGAACUGUCCAAAAAGUGAGUGAAAUGGGAUUGUGUAUGAUUACAUCAACAAGGUAGUCAGAGUGUCCAAAUUUCACAUUGAUACACAAAUACAUAUGUGUGCACUUGUCCUUUGUACAUAUACAUGAACCUUUAUUUUGCGAAUGCAUUUAGAUGUGCUUUAUAUUCCUCUAUCAAGCCACAUCAGCUUUGGUUGCCAAUAUACCUAUAAGCCUAGAAGUGGCCAAAACCACUAAGCAAAGGUGUGUAUCUAUCAGCUACAGCUGAAGUAUUUUAGGCCGAGCCCAGUCUGUGUCUGUCUUGCAUCAUGUUUUGUGCAAUACAGAUCAUAUUCAGUCUUGCCACCUGUAAAAACAUUUGCAAUUUUUACACAGUGUAUUCAACAAAUUUAAAGUGCUUUUUAAAACAAGUUUCUUCAAGGUAACUAAUUGUUUUUGUGUUUUUCCAUUUUACUUGCUUAUUCUGUGUAUUCAUAAUCCUUGCUUCAUAUUUGUUUUUAAUAAAUGUUAUUUUUGAGUAUGUUUUAGAAUAAACUAUAAGUUUGUUACAAAGGCUCUUGAUGACUGAUUCCCUUUUGUGAAACUAAAUUGGACAGAUGUUUGUGAUGGCGUUGCUAUGGCAGGGACUGUACAGAACAACAGUCUUCAACAGGAAUAUAUGUACGGAACCAGUGAGGACUAGAAGUUGAAGUUACAUGUACAGGCAAAAAAAGGAACAUUGGGAAGUCCUCAUCAGCUUGGACAAAACUUGGUAUACUUGAUGAGGAAGGUGACUGAGAUGGGAUUUCCUUGCGAAUAGCUGAAGUUUCACUUGGGCACACAGAUUUUGGAGCCUCUUACAAUUCUAUGCAAUUUUUUUUCUCACCAGUUGCUCCUGAUGGGAGCCAGAGUUUGUAUUGUAUUAAUUUUACUGCCAUAAAAUACUCAGUUAAAAUUUUUCAGUUAAAACUUAAUCUUUCCAAAACUCUUGGAGUCUGAAGUCUUUUAUUGAAGUUCUGCUUUGUUCACACUAAACCAGUUCAAUAUUUGGUAGCAAACUUGGCUCUGAGAAAGUACUCAACUGUUAGACCACCCUGGACCCUAUUCCACAUUGCAGUUACUAAAAUCCAUUGAACAAGAAAUCUGAACGGGGUUAGAUUUUACUUGAUUUCUCACAAAUAUAGCCUGAGAAUGUCACCACUGAUCAAAUGUCUUGACCUGUUUUAGUCUAGUGUUUGCCUUGUACCCAGAGUAAAUCCCUGUACUGAUUGAGGCAUUGCUAGAUGAUGUGCAGAUAACUGCCAUAUGAAACUUGAGGGGCGAGAUCAAGCAAGAGAUAUUUGUCGACCACUGGUCAAUUUGUCCCUGGUGACCUCUACACAAGUUGUAACCUGGAUAAAGGUACUAGGCAAAAUUGACCAGUAGUUGACCAAUGAUGGUUGCUCAAACUUCAGCUAAUAUUAGACAUUGGCAAAUGCAAUGCUUUCAUGAUCAGCAUGGUCGGCUGCUGUCAACCCAUGCUUGGAAGACUCUACGUGGUCCAUUUGGUUUUUCAACAACUUUUGUUAUGACAUAAAAUGCAUUAAAGGGGGCCAGUCAGUGAAUGUUAUGUUAGCAGUGUUUCCAUGAUGGCUUAACAUUUUUGUAAUGAGUUUAAGAGCAUUCCACAGCCUGUUUUAUAUAAGAAUCAGCAUGCGGCCCAUAACUGGAAUGGAACCAAAGAGUGGUUUCUGUUUGAAAAUGAAAACUAUCGAGUAGUGCCACAUAACCAUUGGGAGUGAACACUGGGGUACCCUUACCUCUCGUGUCUACAGCCUUAAUGUACUGCCCUUAUGUGAGAAUAGAAACAAUUAACUCUAUUUCCCUUUUGGUUUACAUAGACAUCACCACCCCUGAUGGUUUGCAAAUGGUGUCAACUUUGAAAAUGAUGUUGCCCUUGUAAUCAAUACAUAAGAAGUUUUCUUGCCACAGUUUAUGUACAUGAGAUGGUUGCCACUAAUGUUCAUGUAGCUGUCAAUCACUGGAGCAGGUACUGUUCUGAUGAGGGAUCCAUCUGGGUUAUGUAGAGAUAUGGAGCCCACUGCUAUCAGAUUAUCACCCACUGCUAGGCAUGAUGAUGCUUCACAGAUGCCUGCCGUUUUACCUGGUGUAAAGUGACAGAGGUUUAAGAUGUUGACUGCAGAUGAAGAGCAAGAGUGAGUAUACUGAUCAUCAAUACUGUUGACACAUGUACAUGAAACUUUACCCUCAGGAUUCAGUCUUAUUGUUUUCUGGCCUCAACAGUGCCCUAUCACCUGUUGAAAGUGACGUAAUAUCUUCCCGGAUCUCAGCCUCACACCAUAAAUUCCAUCUUUCUUUAUGUAGAAUUGCUCCAACUUGAGCAUUGUGGUGAUCCUUUGUGAAACCAAUGAAUGAGAUGUCCCAAGUUGCACCAUCAGGUUGUUCAAGUUUGUCGUUAGGCCUAAUGUGUACAUGUUUCAAGUACUGCAGAUGCUCCUGCUGAAAGAUGAAUUCAAGAUGCUCCACCUGAGUCAUCUUACUCCCUGGCCUUUGGUUGCUCUCCUCUCAACAGCUGUUCCUGCCUUAGUAGAUUCUGUAGUUGCUUUUCAACUUGGCCACUUCAUCUGCAGGCAAGAUGGUUUUCUCUGGCACAGUGGGCAUAUUAUUUCAUCGUGGGAUGGAUGCUGUCUGUGCUUGAGUUUUUGGAGGCAUUUUAGACAGAAGCUGUGGGAGCAGUUUUGCAUCUAUGGUUCUUGGUAACGGUUGUGGCAGAUUGAACAUUCCAGAUGACCCUGGAUGAUUGAACUCAAAAAGUGAUAUUGCAGUUACACUGGCUGCCAUUUUGUUUUCCUCCCUAAAGAAUAGAAAUUAACAGACAGGCUUGUGGCUAGCAGUAAGGUUUUAAAGUCAAACUCCCAAUGCUGGCUUGGGUGUACAAAAGUUUUGAAAGCAUUCAUUUGAUAACUGUGAUAUCGAAUGUGUUAAAAAUUAAGGUGAAAAAUGCUCUUACCGGUAAUUGAUUUGUUUGUGUAGAAAUAAUUAAAUCGGCCGAUAUUAUAUUUUCUCUUUUUUUGUAUUUGCGACAAAUAUACAAGGAGUGCCAAAUUCUUUAUUUUUUAAGCCUAUCAUCAUGAAAACUUGAACUCAACCGCUUUUUCACUACAGAUUCUAUAGCUGUAAGCAUACAGAUUUCUACCCCCAUCAAAAAAUGUUCAUUUUUUUCUCCCUCCACGAAGGGAGUUAGUCCAUCGUAAGUCAAAAGUCUGAUCACAGUCACAAAAGAUGGACACAUGAGGGAUUGCAUUUUUCACUGUUUCUUUGAAUAUGGCUUGUUAAUUGUUAAGUUUAUGGUUCCAUGUGCCAUUAAAUAUGUUUUGGGGGCACUGAAAAUGGUAACAGUUUGGUAAUUUGGUUGAAGUUGAUUUUGCAUUUGCCUUUUAUCGUUGCAGUUUCAGCUUAUUAACAUAGUUGUGUAGGGAUAUACAUGUAGGUGUGCAUGUAAUUACAUUUGAAAAUAAGUAAAAAUUUGAAAGCUUUAGAAAUUGAUUGAUGCCGAUGCCUGCUAGCUGUUUAAGUAGAACGUAUUCAUCCAUUUUUCAGUUUUACUUCUGGAACCACAUGGGAUAUCUGUUGCCAUUUUACAAUAUAGACCAGAACUGUAUCAUGAAUAUCUUGCCUUUUGUCUUCAUGUAACAAAAACCAAAAUAAAGAAGAAGCACAAACUCUUUGUAACCUGGCAUCAAAGGAACUUUUGCAUGUACAUGUAAUAUGACAAGAGAGAUACUAGAACAGGAUUCUGAAAUUUUAUAGCAUGGUUUCUAACUCAAAGGAAGUGUCUAGUUUUACAGUGUUCUGAGAAAGUUCCCUCAUAGGUCAAGGCAUUAUUUUUGUUUCAAAAAAUUCAGACCUGUUGUGUGACUGGCACAGAGUAGUGCAGCAAGGGGGUGCGGAAAUUCCAUUGGCCUACCAUCCCUCUAGAUUCCCCCCCCCCCCGAUUCCUCCAGGGACUAAGUUGUUGCGGUACCUGACAUCCAGGGUCAGAAAAAAUGGCUUGAUGGGCACUUUCCUGGAAUACUUCCGUGUGAUUAUUAAAGUGUGUUGCACCACUACUGUGAAAUUGUACUCAAUUUUUGUUGUAACUUUUAAAUUCCACAUGUAGGGGAAUUUUAACAAAAGAAUCCUGCUUGCAAGCAGCACACUUUGAGAUGGUGACACAGUGAAACUUCAAAUAUACAUGUAUGUGUAUUCUUAUUGUAUGUACAUUAAUGAGAAUAUUGUGUUUAGAGACCAAUAUCCUACAUAACCUCUACCGUCCUGUAGAACAGCCAAAAAAAGAAUAAUGGAUAAGUUUGGAACAGUGGAGGCAAAAGUGUUUGGAGAGUGCUAAAUUUUAGGCUACUUUGCAUCAGGAAAUAGAGUGGCUAACCUAGCCUUUGAAAAUAAUUGGGUGGCUACUUCGCCUUAGAAAAUAAUUUUAAAAA